AUGCGAGCUUGUCUUGCUACUACCUUCUUUCUUUUCCUUGCGCACUGCCGGGCCGAUUUUGACAUUACUACGAAUUUGACCGCGGAUACAAUUCCAAAUGGCACUCAGCUCGUUGGCUAUGUCCAAGAUCCCGAUGGCAGAGGGACUACUACGCUAGUUAUAUCCUGUUUGUUGACUUUAGUUCUCUGUGUCUGGUCAGCUCUUCAUCUCAACGUUCCAAGGCGACAGCAAUCCAGAAUACAGAACUUUUGGCUUAACCUUCGUUGGGUUGUCGCUGAGAUAUAUGCCCCGGAGCUCGCCGUCUUCACAGCAUGGAGGCAAUGGUGCUCAGCCCGGCUACUACAGCAACUUGUCGAGCAAUCUCUUGAAGAUCCCAAGCCAAGCUCACUGGCUACGAAGUGCUCCGAACAAUGGACGAUGUCCCAUAGCUUCUUUGCGUGCACUGGAGGUUUUGCUUUCGAACUUGCACCCUUGGAGAGUGAAUUACUAAACCCAGAUGACCUCAUAGUAGAUAGACCCCGAAGACUAACUCUCACUGCGAGGGGAGUAGCACUUCUCGCUAGAUGUGGCCACCUACCGUCAAUUCGAAGGGAAGAGAUCGAGGAUAAGAGUAAGGCAAACGACCUGGCCAAGGCGACGGUAAUAAUCCAAGCCGUGUGGAUGCUUAUCCAAGUAGUUGGACGUCUUGCAUCAAAACUUCCAGUAACGCCUCUGGAGGUGAAUACUGUAGCUCAUGUGCUCUGCGCUUUUAUGAUGUAUCUGUUUUGGUGGAAUAAGCCGCUACUCCCAAACGAGCCCAUUAUUCUUGACGCAGAUGAAUUAGGACCUCUUGCGGCUUUCAUGUACUCAAGUAGCGAGAUGAGUGGAUAUGUCAAUCCUCAACAAGUCAAGUCUCAGACCAUUAUCAAAACAUUAUUCGCUCACCUCAAUCUAUACUCCAAGGCUCCCGAGUUCGAGACUAUCUGCCUGCAACCGACAACCCCAGAGGCAGGAGUCAAACCCUAUGCCCUGUCAACAUCGACCCCUCUAGACUCCAAUCCCGACAUAGAGCUCCUCCCUUUCCUUCAAGAUCCGAAGACUUCCUUUUCCCGAGCUCCCCAAAUAUGCAUCUCCGAACUCCAAGCGCGCCGCGAAAAAGAACAAGGCACGGCAUUCUUUGAGAGGCGUCCAAGAAUCAUUAGUGAGCGAGCAGAUAGCACACAGCCAUCCAUGGGGGAUACCAUAAGGUGGACAUUGAUAAAGGAAGCUCUCCAAAGCUUCCCCAUACUAUGCGACGACCUAGAUCAUGUGCAGAACUGGCCAUCAAAUGACCUUCUGCGCAACGUCGACAGCCUCGUCGUUGGUAUGGUCCUCUGGUUAGCGAAUCUAUGUUAUGGCGGUAUCCACGCUGUAGGCUGGAAUGAGCAUUUCCCUACUACUGCUGAGUCCUGGCUCUGGCGCGCCUCGGCUCUCUACAUUGGCUUCUGUGGCGGAUUAUGGGUGGCCUUAAAUCUCAUGGUCGCGAAGAUACCCACCCUGAAUGAGUUCUGGGAGCACUGGAUGGAUGGGAAGAAGACUUGGUGGCAGAACCUUGGGUUGGGCAUUGUGGUGUUUUUGUGCGGGUUCAGUCUGGUAUUGGCUCGUAUGUUCAUUGUAGUCGAAGCUAUUAUUAGUAUUAGAGAGUUGCCGGCCGCGGCGUAUCAAACUCCUGAGUGGACGGAUUUGUUUCCGCAUUUUUGA